GUGUCGUAAUCGGAAGAAGAUUGAAAACAUCUCAAACGCGGGCAGCGUUUCGUUCAAGGGAUUCACUGAAAAUAAGUGGAAGUACGCGCGACAUGCAGGAGGACUCAAGCCACAGUCCCAGCUACACCGUGCCAUGUGACGACUAUGUUCAUGUGGUGGAGUUCAGUCCCUUCAGCUCCGGUACCCCGGCAUCUCUCCUGGCCUAUGGUGGAAACCAGUACGUGGUGGUGGGCACCUGCCUCUUCCAGGAGGAGGAUGUGGAGGUCGAGGGAGUUGAAUUCAAUGUUCUUCGAGCUUUUCACCAUGAACUGCGUGUCGACGCUCUAGCCUGGAGCCCUGAGUCUCGGCUAGACAGGAUACCCACUAUCAGGUUGUGCACGGCUGCAGCUGACAGAAAGCUACGCCUGUUGACUUCUGAUCUUCAGGAUAGGCAUGAAGUCAAGGUAAUGGUGGGUCACACCAGCUACAUUAACCAUUUGGUGUUCGAGCCCAUGGAGGGGAAACAAAUUGCUUCCGUCAGUGAUGACCACACUUGCAGGGUGUGGGACCUGGAUGGGAAUGAAAGCGCUACUUUCCAGCUUCAGUCUCCUGGCAUCAGUGUGUGCUGGCACCCAAAGGAAGUCUUUAAGUUAAUGGUGGCAGAGAAGAAGGGGACGAUUCGCUUUUAUGACAUGGUCACCCAGCAGGCCAUCCUGUCACUGGAGAGCGAACCGCUCAUGUCGGCAGACUGGUGCCUCACCAACACGAUCAAAGUAGGCGGGGUGUCGGGCAGCGACUGGCUGAUCUGGGAUAUAACUCGAUCCAGUUACCCACAAGAAAAAAGACCAGCUCACAUCGAUAAAGCACGGCUGUUUAGGUGGUCUCGAGCCAAUGAAAACCUCUUUGCCACCACGGGAUGUCCAGGAAAGAUCAACACUCAGCUGAUCAUCCACCAUCUCGGCCACCCACAGCCGGUGGCGAUCGGGUCGGUGACCGUCGGAUCAGGCCUCAGUUGGCACCGGACGCUGCCGCUCUGUGUGGUCGGCGGCGACAGGAAGCUUUGCUUUUGGAUGACUGAGAUGUAGACAUCUGUUGUGGAAACCUGCGUCCUGUUUCUGUUUGUGCUCAAUAAAAUAUUUUUCCAAGUAUUCGUGCAGUUGGUGUGGAAUUUGAUGGGAAUUGGCUGCAUGCUCGAGCUUUGUUCUUCUCAUUUCUGACCACCCCUUCAGGUCAGCUACAGAUAAACGGCAGGAUUGUCUGGUUUAUGCCGAGAACUUGUUUUUCAUUUCUCAGAGGAAUGACUUACAUCAGUUGUCUGUUAUGUCCUGCCAAGAGAGCCGUAGUUCAAAGGAAUGUGUCCGAGUGCCAGCUCUACACUUCACCAGUCAACGUUGUCCUCAUACAGGUGUUUUCUCUCCCUCUUGGCUUCUGAAUUUGCUUACUAUCCACGGUGGACAUUGAAUCAUAUCAUGAAAAGUGUAAGCACGGGAAAAGCUCAGGGAGGCUCUCAAGUCUGAGGUCAUUUCAGGUUAUCUUCAGCUUCAAACUGAGCAGUUACGUGAGGAUUUAGGAAGAGGAGCAGAUGUGCCUCACCUGACCUUGAUGAAGACUCGGGAUGACUUGGCAGCUGCUCGCAGUAGAACAAAGACUCAUUGUACCAUCACAGGAAUGCCUGCGAGUUUUCAAAGAGGUUGUACGGC